UCUGUGGUCAAAAUCUUGUUUUCCAGAGUCCUGUAGCUCUUUUGCUUCACUUAGUGUGGCUCGGCUGAUUUGCUGCUGUUUGUGUUUGGUUUGGGGUCCUGUUUGGUGUAAGGAUGUGUAUCUUCGUAAGAUGCGUACUUUCUAACGUAUGUGUAUGAGCGAUGUAAAAGCACCGUGAGUUCACCACCCACUUAGAGAGCAUCACCCGUACUGCUGCGUCCGUCAGUGGCCCUCGUUCACCUGGCCCUGCAGGGGACAGCUUACCUAGAAGGAGAGUUAAGCGUAGCCUAAGUGUUUAUGAAAAAUUAUCAUGUACGCAUAGAUCUGUAAACAUUGUGUUAAUGGCAUAAUCUCUGGUCUUUUGGGACUUGCUUGAUGUUCCAUUAGUGAAAAAGAUUUGAAAGAUUGAUACAUUAUCAGUAGUUUGUUUCCAGUUUUUUGCUAUUAAAAUAGUGCUGAAAAUGAGUAUUUUUUGUACGUAUGACGUACAUGAGUUUUUCUAGAGUAUAGUUUUUUUGUUUGUUUGUUUCCACUUUGGUUUGAAAGGGAGAAAGAUCUUCUGUUUGUUGGUUCACUGCCCAGAGGCCCACAGCAACCCGGGUUCAGCUAGACUGAAGCCAAGAGCCAGAACUCAAACCAGGACUCCCACAUGGGUGGCAGGGGCUCAAGCCCCUGAGCCGUCAGCUUCUGCCUCCUGGGAUGUGGAUUAGCGGGAAGCUAGAUGGGAGAGGGGCAGCCCGGCACUCCGGUGUGGCAUGUGGAUGUUGGAUGCAGGAGUCUGGAGCGCUGGCCCACGUGGCUCUGCCGCUCUGCCCACCCCGAGGGUGUAGGGUUUAAAGUUAGCCCUGAAUGCCAAAUUCUUUUCAGAUACCUUUGGCUUCUGUUGACAACAGUACUUGUAUGUUUAUCUUUCUUUUAGUUGUGAAUGUAGGGAAAGUACUGGUCUUUAUCAAUAUUGAGCUUUAUUUGCAUACAUAUGAAGAUCUUAAGAUCUUAGUCACUGUGCGUUACAACUGGAAUCUAUUUCUUACCAUUUAGAAUGUUUGCAUCAGUAUUUAUAAAUGAGAUCCUGUCUGUGGUUUUUGUAUUAGUGUUUUGCUGCCAUAAUAAGAAUUGAGAACCUUAUUUUUGUUGUGUUGUGCUGCAGUUUAAGGUGUUAACAUUAUUCAUUUCUUAAAAAUUUGGAAGGGUUUGUUCAUGACACAUCUAGGCCCAGCGUUUUGUGAGAGUUAGCUCUUUGUUGGCUGCCUUGGUUUCAUUAGGUAAAAAUAAUCAAAAGAUUACUUAGAAAUCUAUAUAAUGUAAUUGGUAGGGUUUAUUAGAUUCAGCUGGAAUUAUACAUUCUUCCAGCAUAGAAUAAAUUUUCUUUUUAAACACCAGAGAAUAUUUUAAAAAUUUUAAUUUACUUUUCUGUGUACUUUUUUUAAAUUUUUAUUUGAGAAGCAGACAGGAAACAAGAGAGAGAGAUACUGGAGAUACUGAUCCUCUGCUGGUGUACUCUGCAGAUGCCCACAAUUGCCAGGUCUGGGCUGAAGCUUGGCGCUCAGACCGUCUAGGUGGUGGCAGGAACCAGUUACUGUGGGGCUUCACCACUGCCUGCCAAGGUCUGCUCUAGCAGGAAGCUGGAGUCAGAAAGCUGGAGCUCAUUUUCAGACCAAGUACUGUGCUCCGGCAUGUGAGUGACUUAACCACUGGGUUGAAUGCCCGCUCCAGACUAUCUUUAUAAAUUGACACUUUAGCCAAACUCUGAAAAGUCUGUCAAGUAGAAGAUAAUAGAUCAGGUUAUUUAAACAUCAUGCAAUAAAAUCAUAAUUUAUGGAUAGAAAUUAAAAACAGGUAACCCUGGGCUGGCGCCAUUGCUCACUUGGUUAAUCCUCCGCCUGUGGCGCCAGCAUCCUAUAUUGGGGCCGGGUUCUAGUUCCAGUUGCUCCUCUUCCAGUCUAGCUCUCUGCUGUGGCCCGGAAAGGCAGUGGAGGAUGGCCUACGUGCUUGGGCCCUGCACCCGCAUGGGAGACCAGGAGGAAGCGCCUGGUUCCUGGCUUCGGAUUGGUACAGCGCUGGCCGUAGUGGCCAUUUGGGGAGUGAAUCAAUAGCGGGAAGACCUUUCUCUCUGUCUUUCUCACUGUCUAUAACUCUACCUGUCAAAUAAUAAUAAUAAUAAUAAUAAAAAGUCCUAAACAGAGAUGAUUAAAAUAGAGUUUCUGACUGGCUGUAAAAUUAUAAAUAAAAUAUGAACUAUAAAAACCUCUGGAGCAUGGCUAGUAGUGUAUUCAGAGGAAAAUUUGUGCCCUUUUGGACUUAAAUUGCCAAAUUGGAGGAGUGAAAAUAAACGAGUAAAUCAUUCAACCUUAAGAAGAUAGAAAAAAAGCCACUUGCAGAAGCAGCAUAUGGGACAAGGAUCUGGUUCUGACAGUCUAUUCAGGGACAGAGUGAAGGAGGAGAGUGAGAGAAGGAAGGUGAGCCUGUUAACAGAGAAACCUCAGACAGAUAAAAUUGAACAAAGUUUAAAUCAACAAAGAGUGACCCGGGAAGUAGCACUGUAGGGUAGAGAGUUAAGCUGCUGCUUGUGACACCCACAUCCCUUAUCAGAGUACCCAUGGCAGUGGCAGGGGCCCAAGCACUCAGGCCACCUGCUGCUUUCCCAGGUGCUUUAGCAGGGAGCUGGAUUGGAAGUGGAGCAGCUGGGAUUCAAACUGGUUCUCUCUCUCUCUCUCUUUUUAAAAAUAUAUAUUUAUUUUAUUUGAAAGGCAGAGUUAUAGAGAGGUGGGGGCAGGGGGUGCCUUCCACCCGCUGGUUCACUACCCAGAUGGCCUCAACGGCUGGAGCUAUGCUGAUCUGAAGCUGGGAGCCAGGAGCUUCUUCCGGGUCUCCCAUGUGGGUGCAGGGGUCCAAGGACUUGGGCCAUCUUCUACUGCUUUCCCAGGCUAUAGCAGAGAGCUGGAGUGAAAGUGGAGCAGCCAGGACUCCAGCUGGCGCCCAUAUGGAAUGCCUGGUGGCUUUUACCCGUUAUGCCACAGUGCCAGCCCCAAACUGGUCCUCUUUUGAGAUACUUGUUUUCAGGUGGCUGCUUAACCUGCUGUACCAGAGCACCGGCCCUGACAGUGUACAACUUGAAGACUGACUUUAGCAGCAGUAAAACAUCAGAAAGCAGCCAGUUCAUGUGUCUUUGAACACAAUGACCAGGAAGCUCCAGGUGGUGGCACUUGGAUGAUAUAGUGCUGUCUCAGAAGCUGAGUCAGAGUCCAGGCCUUGGCUCAUUCACUUUCUGAAGCCCCAGCCCUUCCCUGGAGGGGAGACCAAGUGAUGACAGCCAUGCUCUUGACUGCCUGGCCCCAGAAGUUGGUGACCUUUGAGGAUGUAGCUGUGUACUUCACCCAGACGGAAUGGGAUGGCCUGUCCCCUGCACAGAGGGCCCUGUACAGGGAUGUGAUGCUGGAGAAUUAUGGGAAUGUGGCCUCCCUGGGAUUUCCACUUCUCAAACCUGCUGUGAUCUCACAGCUGGAGAGAGGAGGUGAGCUGGUGGUCCCAUCCCCACUGACCCCUGGAGCAGGAGCAGGCCCCCAGGGCCUCUGGACCGUAGAUAUUGGUAUCCAGACUGGCAAUAAUUUGGCAAAGGCAACAUGUGACAAGAAGGCUAGUACAUCAUUUGAGCUUCAGGAUUUCUCCCAGGAAACAGACUUUUCAGAGGGGCAUUUUCCAGAGAAACAACAGGAAGUCCACUCAGCAGGAAAUAUGAAGAAGGAAAACAGCAGUGUGAUUGAUGCAGCAGUGAAAGACGAGACAAACCCUGUGGCUGAAUGUGUCUCUAAUCAAAGCCCAAACUUGUAUCUGUGUCAUAACCUCACCACUGAAGAGCAGCCCCCUGAGUGUCCAGGAUUGAAGAAAGCCUUCAGCUUUGACAUACAGCUCAUUAAACGUGAAACGAUUAAUAUUGUGGAAAGACCUUUAAAAUGUGAAAAAUUAGUAGAAACUUUUAGGUGUGACUCUCAACUUAAUCAGCAUCAAGAGGACUACAGUGGGGAGAAAGCAUUUCAGUGUACAGAGUGUGGCAAAGGCUUCAGUGUUAACGCAAAAUUAAUUUGGCAUCAAAGACUUCAUGGUGGGGAGAAACCCUUCAAAUGUGUGGAGUGUGGGAAAAGUUUCAGCUACAGUUCCCAUUAUAUAACACAUCAGACGAUCCACAGUGGGGAGAAGCCCUAUCAGUGUAAGGUAUGUGGAAAGGCCUUUAGCGUUAAUGGGAGCCUGAGUAGGCACCAGAGGAUCCAUACAGGAGAGAAGCCCUAUCAGUGCAAAGAGUGCGGAAAUGGCUUUAGCUGUAGUUCUGCAUAUAUUACACACCAGAGAGUCCACACUGGGGAGAAACCUUACGAGUGUAAUGAUUGUGGGAAAGCUUUCAAUGUUAACGCAAAACUGACUCAGCAUCAGAGAAUCCACACUGGAGAGAAACCUCAUGAAUGCAGUGAGUGUGGAAAGGGCUUCAGGUGCAGCUCCCAGCUCAGGCAACAUCAGAGCACCCACACCGGAGAGAAGCCGUAUCCAUGUAAAGAGUGUGGAAAAGCCUUCAGUAACAAUGCCAAACUGAUGCAGCAUCAGAGAGUCCACACGGGGGAGAAGCCCUAUGGGUGUACCGAAUGUGGAAAAGCCUUCAAUGUCAAAGGGAAGUUAGUCCAGCAUCAGAGGAUCCACACAGGAGAGAAGCCCUAUGAGUGCCGUGAAUGUGGGAAAGCCUUCAGGUGUAACUCCCAGCUUCGGCAGCAUCAGAGAAUCCACACUGGGGAGAAGCCCUAUGAAUGUAAUGAGUGUGGAAAGGCCUUCAACGUUAAUGCAAAACUAACCCAACAUCAGAGGAUUCACACUGGAGAGAAACCCUUUGGAUGUAGUGAGUGUGGGAAGUGUUUUACUUCUAAAAGAAACUUACUUGAUCACCACCGAAUACACACUGGGGAGAAGCCUUACCAGUGUAAAGAGUGUGGGAAAGCCUUCAGUAUCAAUGCCAAAUUAACCAGGCAUCAGAGAAUCCAUACCGGUGAGAAGCCUUUCAAAUGUGUGGAAUGUGAGAAAGCAUUCAGCUGUAGUUCUGACUAUAUUGUGCACCAGAGAAUCCAUACUGGGGAGAAGCCUUUCCAGUGUAAGGAGUGUGGGAAAGCCUUUCACGUCAAUGCCCAUUUAAUCCGGCAUCAGAGAAGCCACACCGGGGAGAAACCCUACAGAUGUGUGGAAUGUGGCAAAGGCUUCAGCUUCAGUUCUGACUGUCUUAUACACCAGACUGUGCACACUUGGAAGAAGCCCUAUUUAUGUAAUGUGUGUGGGAAAGCCUUCAGGUUUGGCUUCCAACUUAGUCAGCAUCAGAGUGUACACAGUGAAGGAAAAGCCUAGCAGUGAGAAAGUUGCAGAAAGCUCCCAAGGUUAGUGCUGAAAUGGAUCAAGUACCAUCAGAUUCACUCUGGUGGGAAGCCCUGAGAGAAGUGAAUGUGCUAGUCUUCCAUGGGAACAUUUUUGUUCUGUUUUAUUAAAUUUUUAAUCAGAAAUAGAUCAGUUGUUACUUGUUUUAUACCAACAACCAGUUAAAAAUAUAAUGAAAGAAAAUAGCCUAUUCCCAGCAGCAUCAUGAGAAGUUGAUUUUCUAGGAAUGUGAUGACAUACAAGAAUUAUAUGGAGAAAAUUAGAAAUCUUUACUGAAGGCCACCAAAGGAAUCUUGAAUAAAUGGAGAGAGAAAGAGAGACACCUUACUCUAGGAUCAGGAAAUACAUUUCAGAAAGAUGUUCACUUUACAUAAAUUUAUUUGUUUAAUUUUUGAUACCAAGCAUGCAUUACUUUUGUAAAGGGGAAAAUAAUAAAGAUUUCCUUUAAAAUAGAAA